AUGGCCCGUUCUCGACGACAGGCGUGGUCAGAGUCGUAUGACGAUAAUUCACAGAUCGGGGAAGAUAGCUCCGACGACAGUAACGAUGAGCAGUAUGACACCGAUCCGACAGAGCCUGAUUUCGAUGAGGAUUAG